AUGUGGGGUGAUCCUUUAUUGAUAGUAUUUAUUUCAGUAUGUACUGCUUUCUUGGGAGAAGGACUCACAUGGAUAUUGGUGUAUAGAACUGAAAAGUACCAAAAAUUAAAGGUAGAAGUUGAACGCCAAAGUAAGAAGUUGGAGAAAAGAAAAGAAGCACAUGGUGAUUCAUUGGAUAAGCAACACAAGAAAAAAAUUGAACGUGAAGAAGAGAGGCUGAAAAAUAAUAAUAGGGACCUAUCACUAGUUAAAAUGAAAUCCAUGUUUGCUAUUGGUUUUGCAUUUACAGCUUUACUGAGCAUGUUUAAUAACAUAUUUGAUGGCAGAGUGGUAGCAAAGCUUCCUUUUCACCCAAUAUCCUGGAUCCAAGGUCUCAGUCACCGUAAUCUACCUGGAGAUGACUACACUGACUGCUCAUUUAUUUUUCCUAUACAUUUUAUGCACAAUGAGCAUAAGGCAAAAUAUUCAAAAGCUACUCGGAUUUGCACCAUCCCGUGCAGCAUCUCAACAAGGUGGAGCCCUUUUUGCAACCCCUCCAGCUCAAUUUAA